AAUUAAUUUAAAAUUAAUAAUUGAACAAACUUUUAACAACUUAACACAUCAAACACGACUCAUGAUAAUUUUUUUUUUUCGUUAAAUUUUAUUACAAAGUGUAGUGCUAAAAUAAACACCAAUAAUAAAAUUGCAGUGUGCCGACCGAGCCCCUCAAUCCCCUUACUGUAAAGGUAAAUUACCCAUAAACAUACCACAUUCUGCGAAACAAACACACCUUCAAUCAUAUAAGCGAAGAAUCGCUUGUCGGUGAAGGAAGAGGAAGGAGGUAUUAAUGAAUGGUCGAAAAAAAAACGAAACCUCCUCCGACUGAUAAUGUGCUCCUGGACGCGCGCUUGCAGAUACGCAACAAAACAACUACACGGGUAUUUUUCUUACCUUGCAUUUCAAGCAGCGACCAAUCGGAGAGGGUCAAUGCAAAUUUGCGCUGCAGAAAGUUGUUCAGUCGAGUUUCACUACUACUCGCGGUAGGGGCCAGGGUAUUGCCAAAACUUCAAGCAAAAUCAAACUGGUCAAACUAGUCUAAAAAUAGUCCUCGCGGAUAUCGUUCUACGUUGUACGCAGCAAACUUGCCAAGAUAGGGGCAAUUAUCAUCGUUAUCAUACACUACUCUAUCAUCAUCCACAUCGGGCAAAGACCCCACGAUGGCCACCAGCAUCCACUCGGCCGGCAUCGCCGAGAUUCACGAGAUGCCCAUGGCGGUUAUUAACCGUCCGAUACCGUCAGUACUUGACAACGCCAAGGUGCAGUCACUAAUGGAAUCGAUUCAGAAUCCUACCGAAGUGGAAUCCAUUCCCCCGAUAGACGUGCUGUGGAUCAAGGGCAGCGAGGGCGGUGAUUAUUACUACAGUUUCGGAGGCUGUCAUCGUUUCGAGGCCCACAAACGGCUGGGCAAACCGACCAUCACCGCAAAGCUGGUCCAAUCGUCGCUCGCCGAUUUGCAGCACUAUCUGGGGGCGAGCUGCCCGAAGCAACUGAAAUGAUGCGUUGUUUGUUACUUAUUGGUAAGGAAAUCGUUAAACCACUUAAUGUUUGUUUUAUUUUAUAAUGAAAAUAUAUCUAGAUAUGUACAUCUCCUUCGUGUAACGCA